GCAUCAGGCGCACGCAGGGUGGAAGUGAUCGGCACCGUAGACUUCAAGCAAACCAGACAGACAGGGCAGACGGUUGCUAGCUUUUUUCUUUUUUUUUUUCUGUAAAGAGCUUCAGAAGAAAUAUGACACACGUACGCACAUUUAUCUCUUGAAGUGAGGCUCGUCAUGUUAACCUGUCCCUAAAGUCGCUGUCAGCUUGCAGACAUAGCGGGUUAACUGUCUGGGCUCACAGAUAAAUGAACUGUUAUGCAUUGUCUUGACAAUCAGCUAGUCCGGGCUAACGCUCUUUUAGCUUCAUCUCGCCCGUCACUGGCAUGACUCCGUGCGCUCACGGCAUGACAUGUCCGUCUAACUUUUUAUCCGCCGGACGUUUAAUUGACCAUUUUCUUUUAGCAUGGGCAGCGAACGCAGCAAUUGCAGGCCCUCAAGAUUGGAGACAAUAGCAAGCUAACCUCGCUAGCGGAGCUGGUGCGUGUCUGAAAACCUAUCGAGGUGCCUGCACCAUGGAUCAGGAGGAUAUAACAGACCAAAUCACAGCAGAUUGUAGCCACGCUUUGUUCCACAACCAACACCCGAUUGUGACUGACAAAGACUCAGCGCCCAAGCAGCCCAUUUCAAACGUCAUGGCUUCACAAUCCAAACGGGUGAGCAGAAGCAGCAGAAGCAGGAGCACUAACGAUACGGACCUGGUCGUAACCGAUGGGCUCAGUAAUGGCACCUGUGAAGUUGAGACUAUGGUAGCGUUACACUGUCCUGGUGACAGUGGAGAUGUUACUGCCGAGGGUGAUCACAUCGCCCUUAGCAACGAUGACAUGUCCGAGUUUUCAAACAGUGACCUCUCUCUGCCUGAAGUUUGCAUUUCCACCAACAGCAAUAGCUUCGAGGAGGAUAUGAACUAUGAGGUCCAACAAGCUUAUAGGAUCUUCACUGGCUUUCUCUUAGACAAGCACAAAGGCAUCACUAGCCCGUUCCUCCAUCCCAUCCGUCACCAGGAGGCCCAACAUGGUAUUGGAGGUGUCCGGGGCUGGGGUCAGGCACAGCUGAGACAGUCGAUGUGCUUGCGGAGGAUGGAGGAGAAGUUUAUCAAUCAAGAGUAUGAGACCAUAACGCAGUUUGUUGCAGACUUCAGGCUGAUGUUAGAGAACUGUUAUCGCUACCACGGGGUGGACCACUGGAUCUCCAAACAGGCUCAAAAGCUGGAAAUCAUGCUGGAGCAGAAGCUUACAUUGCUAUCCAGGAAGCUGCGAGAGAAGACAACCUUGGCAGUGACUUCCAAAGGACGUUUCGGUGCUGAGGAAGAACGAGCUUCAGGGGGUACUUCAACGAGGAGGAGACUGGCACCUCGUAGCCUGGCUACCAUCACUGUUGGUGGGCAUGAGUCCGUCAUGGUCCAAGCCCUACGGGUGGAAGAGCAACAGAGGGCCAAGGACGAGAAAAGGCAACGUGAGCUCGAGAAGAAAGAAGCAGAGGAAAUGUCAGCCAAGGAGGUUGAAGAGUGGGAGCAGACUUUGCUGUCACAAGCUUCCCCCCACACUGUGGACACACUUUGGGAACUCCCUGCUAUAGGGCACUUCCUCUGCUUGGCUCAGACUGCCCUCAACCUCCCUGAGAUUGUAUUUUUUGAGCUUGAGCGUUGCUUGCUGAUGCCCCGCUGUAGCCCCCUCCUGUCCAAAAUUAUGUCUUCCCUACUGUCCCCACCCCAGCGGAGGGCUACUCUGCACCGCCGACCUGCCCUGCCUUACUGCCGCUGGGAAUCAGAGCUCAGGCAGCGGGUCAUGGGCUGGUAUCGAACUGUCGGUGCCUCCCAUGAUCAGCCAGGUAGGGCUGAGCAGCUUGGACUUGGCCACAAGUUUUUUAGCACCCUUGGGGAAGUGAGUCCUUUGGAGGAGAAACCCUUUCACCUGCUGCCCUUCUACCAGCGAGUGUGGCUUCUGAAGGGGCUGUGUGAUCAUGUGUAUGAGACACAAAAAGAUGUACAGGAUGCUCUGCUGUCCCAGCCCAUCCACGAAUGUAGGGAGUCUAUUUUGGGCUAUGACAGCAAGGAGAAUGCCUAUAUACAUUUCCCACAUUUCUGUGGGGCAGACCUGAGGAUCUACUGCCAGAGCCCCAGCAUACCCCCAGCUUUCCCUUUCCCUUCUGUAUGGGUCAGAAGGGUUGAAAUAGAGCCAGGGACUGAGGGUGACGAGUCAGAUGGAAUGAAGGAUGAGGGGCUUCAAAGUGACAGGGGUUGUUAUGAAGGCUCCAUGGACAUUGGAGAGUCUGAUGAUUGUGGAAGUCAAAGAUUAGAGACAUUAGGGGGUUUCAAAAGGGAAAAUGACGAUGGAGAGGAAGAUGCAAAAAGGCUCAAAUUGUGGAGACUGAAGAAGGAGGAAGGGUCUGAAUCGGGGUCCUCUGAUGGAGACUCCUGUGAUGAUUCUAAAUUGGACUUAAAAAUACACACUAACUCCUUAUCCCUUUCACACACUAGUCCUAUUAGAGGAGGAGGUGUGGAAAUGAAUUUGAAGGAAGAGACUGUAGAGUGGGAGCAUCAAUCCAAGCGUCUCACAUUAAAACAGGGGAAGGGUUUCUCACUGGGCUCAAUACGCACCAUUAAAGCAGAGACACAGGAGCCCUGUCUGAGUGUAGGCGAGCACAGCUACACAGGCAGGUCACCUGCUCGCUUAGUGAGUCAGGCCUCACCAACCAAAUCGGUGGGGCUCAAAAUGGAGGGAGGAAGUCUCAGUCAGGGACACCAAAGAUCUUCCUGUUUGGAAUGUUGUAAAAGCAAAACUAGUAAUAUCAAAUCUGAGGAGCACGACUGCUGCUGUGGCACUUCAGGGCUAGCAACACAGUUGUCUUCGGAGAGUGCUCAAAACUCAAGUGAAGAGAGGUUGAAUGACAAAAUCUGGACUAAAAAAAAAAAGCGGAAGAAAAAGCGAGGGAGGGAACAGCUGCUGAGGGUGAAAGGAGAGCACAAGCAGCUGCAGCACGUGGACAGGAUGAGGUUGUCACCAGCUGAGACUGCCAAAUCUGCAGUGCGGAGAGUUUCCUCAACAAUCAAAAGGAAAGACAAAAAGAAAAAACACAAAACAGGAAAAAAGCUUGAAUUGUCAAAGAAAAUUAAAGAUGAACCUCCAGUUGAGCCAUCAUUUAAGUUGGUAUGCACUAGUCUUGAAGAGUUGCGAGAGCUGAUCAGUAAGACAGAAGAUGAGCUUGAUGACCUAGAGAGCACCAAAAAGAGACUGGGUCGGUGGUAUUAUAGAAGAGAAGCAGUAAAAGACCUUCACAGCACUCUAAUCAGACUACUGAAUGAGCUUUCACCCUGGGAACCCAAACUUGUUAAGGCCUUUCAAAGGAACAGGCUUCGUUUGAAGAAGGAAUUUGAUGACUUCAAGAAGCAUCCAGAGUACAAUAACUUUGUGCGUGAGGAGUGUAUCUCAUCAUCGUCAUCAUCAGACGAUGAUGAAGAGAGGAGUUUGGAGAAGGAAGCGUGUUCACUCUCGGAUCAUUAUAGAAGAUCAGAAGAGGAAGACCUUGAACAUAUGGUUCCCAGAGGUCUUUGGAGUGGAGCAGGCACCAGGGAGUUUGUGGCUGAGUCUGCUGGAGAAAGAACGGUGACAUACAUACCUCCCAGUCACCUGAAACAUCCUCUGGCCAGCCCAGAGAAAGGUGUCAGUCUGCUGCCAAGAGUUCAGACCGGCAGCAGUAACGUUACUUCUACCGCUGACUCUGGGUCACAGGCUACAUCUGAACUUAUCCCAUCAAAUCAAUCCAGGGAUUCAAACUCAGCAUGGGCAGCAAGAGUGCCAGUCCAUACUUCCCUGUCACCCAGACCACCCAUUCUCCACCCUACCACUGGACUACCUAAAGGCUACACGCCCAUCCCCACCCUGCUUGCUAAGAGUGUGGGAAACAAAGUGACCUUAAUGAAACGGCCUGCUGAUUACCCAGGGGUAAACAACAUAGACAAAGAGAGCAAGGGGUCUUUGCCUACCUCUGUAGUGACUACCACAACACUUUCAAAAGCACAAUGUUCUCCAUCGGUUUCCCAGCAGAACUCACAACAAAUGCAGACACAAGGACAGCCACGAAUGGCAACAGUGACGGCAGCUCUUUCUAAAUCACCACAGGCCAAACCGACCCAGACUGUACCAAAAAAUCCUGUCCAAGUGGUGUACAAGGUACCUGAGGGGCUGGGUCACCUUGUGAGAACCGACAACAGCAGCCCCGUCAAGAUUUCUGUUCAUCCUGUCAUGGACCAGAAUACUGGAGAGAAGAUCAUGCAGCAAGUUGUUAUUCUGCCUUCUAAUCUUCUCAUUCACAAAACAGAAGAAAAGGCGUCUAUUUUAAAUCAACAACAAUCAAAGGGCAUUCAGGUCCCAGUUUCUAAAGUGACCAGCCCCUUAUGUAUGUCCACCAAUGUGCCUGGGUUCACCAUUCCUGAGAACAGAAUCCCUGUUCAGCAAGUGGCUCCCCUUAAAGAUACCAGGACAGUGAGGACCCCUUCUCCUUCUGUUUCCCCUUGUCUGCAACAGGGCCCCAUGAACACAGCAGGGCUCAAAGGGACACAAGUCUGUAGUCCCCAAACUAGCACAACACAAGGUGUCGUGCCAAACCCCUCACCCAUCACAACUUCUUCUAGUGCAGUUUCAACUGGGCCUAUUAAAUCUACAAACCCUAAACAGGAGCUCCAGACUGUGUGUAUCCGUGACUCGCAGUCCAUCCUGGUAACAACUAGAGGAGGCAACACAGGCAUAGUCAAAGUCCAGUCAUCCUCAGACCAAAAUGCACUGGGUUCUUUGCCCACCAGUCCAGUCAUCACCAUCUCACCUCAGUUUAAAGCCUUCCUUGUAUCCAAGACAUCACCAACUCUUUCUCCUUCUGCUCCCUCUAAGACUCCUUCUUGCACCACACCAGCAGUAACAAGUAUUUCAGUGGCCCAAUCUCAGAACCAGGUUUCUUCAGUAUUAAAGUCCCCCUCCACUAUCACAACUCAGAUCCUCACUGCAGUCACUGGAAACAUUCCCAUUACAGGCCUUGGAAGCCAGACUGCAAGUACUGCUGUUGCUCUAGGUCAAGGCUCCAACACCUCAGCUGGUUCUACAGUUCCAACAAAGAUUGGCCAGUCAGCAAGUACAGCUUCUGCUGGUUCUCAUUUUCAAGCUUCAUUAGUGAAAAACACUGUUGUCCCAUCACUGAAUAGUUCUGGCGUUCCCCAAGUUGUCACACAAGCAGAGUUUAUCAGCAAGACUGGCAUGAAAUGGCCUAGUACAGAUGAGAGACCCCAAGUUACUAAAUUUAUCCUGGUUACCCCCUCUUCUUCUGCCUCAAAUGUAGCUACGUCAAAAGGUACACCCUCUUCCACAAAAUCCCUUCCUAGUUCAAGAGUCAUGUUCAUCAGCCAGCCCACAGCAACAUCUUCCACCACCUCUGUUGGAACCAUUCCACAGCAGGCAAUAGUAACAGGGGCUAGUGGACAGCUGUUGACCACUUCACUAUCAGGUCAGAACGUAAAGAUGGGUAUAAGCACAGACCAGCCUGUUGGCAGGGUCAACUCAGAGACAUUGUCCAAGGACAAGAACAUCACUCUGCCCUUAGGAGUUCAGAUCCAUUUGUCAGGGAAGACAACAACCAUUGGACAGUCCAUUGGUGCCCUGUCAUGUUCUCCUUCCAAGAACACACCAGCGUCUGUCUCCGAUACAGUCGGUCCAACUGCCACCACAACUGGACUGCUCCUGGUUACAAGUUCAAAUACCAUCCCAACUUGUUCUGCCCAAAUGGCUCCUCAUGCAUCUUUGACCACCAGCUCUCUGCUCCAAGGUAUCCCUUCCAUCACCAUGAUCUCCCAGCAAGGCUCUUCAACAUCAACGUCUACUGCUCCCACUCUGACUGUAGGAAACAUGAUCAAGAAGGACCUUGGUAUUCCCUCAAAUAUAUUGUCCAGCAACUUUCCUGCACAUGUAACCAAUACUGUGCAGUCUAGCCUGGCCCAAACCUCCACUUCCACUCUUGUCCGUCAGACUUCAGGUAUUCAAAGUUGCAUUGGUGAGGAAACCAUUUCCCACUUAACUUCCUCUCAGCUUGCUCUCAAUAAAAGCCAAACACCCAUCUCCCCGACAACCACCACCAAUUCCCAAUUCACCAACUCUGCUACUGGCACAAUCCAGCAGAGGAUAGUCAUCAACACCUCUACGCCCCUUGCUGCUGGCACACAGAUCCUUCUUAACAAUGCUCGAUUUGUAGUCCCUCCCCAGGGUUUGAGUCCAGGCAGUCAUGUCCUUAUCAUCUCUAGCCCUGCACCACAACAAGUGCCUAAUGCCAGUGCUACCAGUGCUGGAGUAUCAGUACGUCCCCAAGGGGCAAGCCAUGUGACUGUAGCCCCGCGAGCACCAGUUUUACCCCAAUCCCCAGGCAGGCUGCCUGGUGUGCCAGCCGUAAGUUGUCCUUUUGUAGCAUGCACACCUGCUGUUGGUCCAUCAUUGUUAGCAACCACACCCAAUAUCAUGCCAGUCCGACUUACAGGAACAUCUGGUCUAUGCUCAACAUUGUUACCCAGUAAAACAAAUGUAGUGUCUGCUCUGCCUAGGUUGCCAGCUGCACAGGCUGGUAAUUUUGCAUCACCUCCUGUAGGUACACCCACUCUUGUCUCAUCCCCACCAAGGUUAGGUAGCGUACCAGCUCUAGUGUCCCCAGUGGUAACCACUGCCCCUGCUCUUGGCUCAGCACUGGCUAAAAUCAGGUUGGCUGCUGGUGCACCCAUACAAGCUGAAUGUUCAUCCACUAUUUCGCCUGUAGUAGCACCUUCCUUGUCCAGAUUUUCUGCACCUCUAUCAUUACCUGUUUUACCCAGCCCAUCAGUUCCCACACCCCUCUCUUCAGCUGCAGUUCCUGUUGUAGCAGGCACACCAGCUUUGCAUUCUGCUCUUCCUCCUCAGCAGGUGGUUUCAGUGACAACCUCGGGUCCAGUCAUACAGCUCCAGCAGACAGAAUUUGGAAUUGCAGCACCCUCCACUGCUCUAUCACAGACUUCAGUGUAUACUGGACUAGACCACACAUCAAUAAAAAAAACAGUGUCUGCAGUCAUGCAACCAGUGCUUGCUGCAACACGGACACAAGUAUUGCCAACCGUGGCUGUCCCACCAAUUGUAAGUGCUGUGUCAAGGAUGCAGACUCUGCCCGUUGCUACAGUUACACCAAUUGGAAGCACUGUCAACACUUUUGAAACGGAACCUGUAGUGACUACACCUUCAUCCAGCAGCACUGUAAUAAUAACUCCAGCUCAACCAAUCGCAUCGCUUAAGACAAACGCCAUCCACCCACCUGUUGUUCUGACCAAUCAAGCACUUGUAAAGCACUCUCUGCCGACUUCAUCCUUAGUUAUGCACACCAACAUAGCAUCCAAACUACUCAUUAGUCCUGAUGGCGCUGUUUUGAACACAGUUCAGUGCCAGGUCAAUCCGGCACAGCUGACAGCCUGCCCCAAACCACUGGACGCACUGGUGGUUUCCCCCAACAGUUCCACUGGAGCACUACACGCACAUGAUUCCUCUUUACAGCCUUCGCAGGCAGACAGAAAGUGCACCAAUUAACUGAGACUGCGCCGGCUCUGUGAGGACUCUUAAGACUUUUCAGCUGCUUACAUUUGGCAGGACUCAUAUCCAUUGCUUGUAUUAAUCCUUGGGGUUAGUUAAAGACCUGCUUUCCUGCUGUAGUUUGACUCGUAACUUACACUUAGAAUACAGUAGGUUAUACCCUCUGGUUAGAUCAUCUUAUAGGUAAACUGUAUGGUCACUCAGACUUACUAAAAAUGUAUACUGUGACGGGUUUCUCAAGUGAAAACUGUUGAGGUCACCCUCAGAUGAAUGUUAUAGACUCCUAACUUCUUUUUUUUUUUAACUUCAUGGCCAGUAAUGACAACUGUUAUAAAAAAUCAGUAGAAAGGGAGGUUAGAUCAAAUGAUUUUCAGUUUAAGAUUUUUUACUAUACUACGAUAGUCGAUACUGCUUCGAGAAGUAACAAUUGGGAUACAAUUCAUUCAACUUACUCUACUUUAUCUGUCAGUUUGAAUAAUACAACUCUCUGUAUCCAGAUUCUGUUAUGUUGUCCUUUUUUCAACUAGUAAUUGUUUGAAAACUACAUUUUACUUUUUAGAAAUAUAAAUAAAACUAAUAGAUGAUUUUGUACUACAUGUUUGAGCCCAUAUAAAAUGUUUUGAAGUCACAUUUAUUUAUUUUUACCAUAUAGAUUUUUCAAAAAUAUUUACUAGGUACAUUUUCAUUGAACAAAUGUGGACGUUACUGCAUGGAAAUAAACAAUGCGACUGUCCCCAACAAGUGUGUUUGAGCUGCUUCCUCAUACACAGACUCUUGUGAAAUCAUUUUUAUU